GCAUUGAUAACACAAGAGGUAGAGAGUUGUUGCCAAGGUCCUCGAGUGCUGCUGUACUUGGCGCAUGUGGCAAUCGGAUUGUCGACAGUGGGUGCCAGGGAGUGACAUCCUAGCCCCUGUCGCAGCUGAACUCGAGCUGGGGACAGGAAAUUGGCGACAUCGUAUCCGCGAUCCUGGCCGGGCGCGCAAGAACCCCUGAUUUUUCGAGAACAUCGACAACCUCAAUACCUGUAAGCGCUCCGAGGAUGUGGUGUUGUAGUCUCAAUUGAUGUCUGUGCCUCUCCCGACUUGGCCUGCUGUAUCCACUUGGCGAGGCCCACAAGGUGGUCAAAUCCGCGCUCGCUCCCCGCACGAGAGCGCCCAAGUUAUCUACAACGCCAAGCCCGAUUGGGAAGGUUGUAUCUGGUAUCCCGGCGUUAGAUGCACGGCAAGGCUUGGAUCGACUCUAUUCGUAGGUCCAAGGACGUUUUUGCUGGUAGCCAUCACGCGCGCAUUGCCCUUAUCCUGUUCACUUUCGAGAACACGGCGCGCUUCGAUCCUCUUCACAGUUUUGGGUCCGGGACCGACGCGGCAGCGGCGCGGGGCUUGGUUUUACGUGCGAAAGACGAUUCUGUUGGCUUAUCAAGUGAACGGCAACGACACCAUCCAAUACUUGAGUCGUGUGAGGACUGCCACUUUUGUAGCGCCGCAUUCCCACAGAGUCCUCCGGCAAUAUCGGCACCAACAAACCAGUCAAUCCUUUCCUGCAGGAAGGUGGGUUUCGAGUAUACGAGAACGGCUCAGCAAAUUCGAACGUACGCGCAAUCCGGGGUUUUGUUUCGCCUUAACUGGAGGUUAUUCAGUGCGCUUCCGGCACUUCCAAAAGCACAGGAACACGCAUGGCUAGCCGGCGCACUGCGUAGACAGUUCCAAGCACCAGGUAGCGGGUGACACAAGGAUCCAGGAGCAAGGGUGUUCCAAAUCAAAUCGCCUCGCGUCGAAACGCGCGGCAAAGUGUGUUCACAGGCGCAAUUCUUGUCGUCUUCUUGAAUGACGGAACGACACUUUGGAGAUGGUCUGUUGACAUUUAAAAACAUUAACAUUAUAUGGCACUGGGCACCCAUGGCGCCGAUUGAGGUUUGGUCACAUCUAGCUUAGAUAAUACCGUCGUCUACUGACCGAUCGCGUUGCCAUCG